GUAUUUUUUUGUAUGUGAUACAUGUACAUUAAAUAUUGAAUGAAUGAGAAUAAGAACAGUCCUACCAUUUGUCUUAACUAUUUUCUUCCUGUUGUGGUUUUCAGGUUGAUGAUUUCAUUUGUCAGAGUGCAUCGCAUCACACGUAGACCAUCUAGAUGCUUUUAUUGUUUUAGUUACAAAGAGUUUAGCAGGAUAGAAAAGACAGUCUAACUCACAAUGCCUGGAUUUUGUUACUAUUAUGUUUGGCUGUUUCUGUUUGACAUUUUUAUGAGAGAAACUCUUGGUGUCACAGUGCAGACGGGCUUAUACAGUCGAGUUGAGCUGACAGGAGAAAACCUGGAUCAUCAAAAUGACCUGGAGUCUGUGGAAUGGAAAAACCUAAACAAAUCCUGUCUUUGUCUUCAGUUUGAUAAAAAGAGUAGUAACACCACAAACUACAGUCCAUGCUGUGGAAAAGCUCAUUUCUAUUUGAACAAUAACACUCUCAUUUUAGAGAAUGUGACAGCACAGGAUGAAGGAGUCUUUAUGGAAACUAUAGUUAAUGGAAGUGGAAUUACAAAAACAUUUAACUUUACAUUAUAUAUUGCACAUCCACCAAAUGCAACAGGAAUUGCGGUCACCUGCACCACCAACACAUCAGUGUCUCUCACAUGUGAAGUGACCGCGACAUUUACACACAUAAUGUGGAAGAGAGAAGAUUCUCCCAUUCUAGAAGAUGACAGACACUCAUUGAGUAAAAACAACCAGACUCUAAACAUCACUAAUAUGACCAGAUCAGAUGAUGGAAAAUACAGUUGUGUGGCGACAAAUGCAUAUGGAAAAUCAGAAACGCACACAAAUGUUAUCUGUGAGAAACGCUUCAUGCACAGUAAGUAUUAUAUUUUAAAGAGCACCGGGAAUAAAACCAAGAACAUUUACUUUGUUUGUAAUGCUCUGCUGCAGAAAAAUGUGUUUCAAACUUUGCACAGAUCGUUAGAAACGUAUUUGGACAGAUAUCAAUGUGGUAAAUAUUAACAAUCUACGUUUUGUUUUUCUGUCAAGGUGAGAACGUAACUUCAAACUUCGGAGUCGGACUGAUCAGAUCUAAACGUGGAUUCACAAUCAUAGGCCUUUUGGGAUUGUGUAUAUGUUCUGUAUCAUUAACAAAUAGCUUCACUGACUUCUAAAAAUGUUUAAAGGUCUUCUGUAUACUGACACUUGAUUCUUUGUAAACAUGCGGAAAUAGAUAUAUUUUUAACUCUGUGGUUGAAACAUCAUGAUCUUUGUUUGCUCUAAUGAUAUGUUUAGUAUUUCUUCUUUCAUUCUCUCAUGGAA